CUGAUUCAUCCUGGUUGAAAGGUAGUACCGCGUGGACGAUAAUUGAUUGUAGUUUUUAAUAAACGCCAUCACAGCUGGAAGAUGUCCCCACAUCUGUCUCGGUAUAGCUGAAGACCAAAACGUUUUAAUCUUCCUCGGUGUUCAUGUCUUUCAGUGUUUAGCUCUUAGAGACAUGGAGGGGCCUGUGGAGGACAGAUUGUGUGGGAAAUUGAAGAUUGGCUGUGGUUUGCAUAGUUACAACCUGAGAGAUGUCUUCACAUGGAGUCUGUUGAAGACCAUACUCAUGGGUCAGGUCCUGUCCCUGCUGAUAUGUGGGACUGCAGUCAGCUGUGGGUACCUGGUUGAGGACAAAGUAGAGACGCCCAUGCUACAGAGCUUCCUCAACUAUGCUCUCCUGCUGUUCACCUACACGACACUCCUUAGCACCAGCAAAGGUGACAGAAACAUCCUACAGAUUUUAAAAACCAACUGGUGGAAGUAUUUGGCGAUGGCUGUGGCAGACGUGGAGGCAAACUACGCAGUCGUGAAGGCCUACCAGUUCACCACCCUGACAAGUAUACAGCUGCUGGACUGCUUUGUGAUCCCAGUGCUGAUGUUACUUUCCUGGUUCAUCCUGAAGACUCGAUAUCGGCUGAUGCAUUUUGUAGCUGUAGCAGUGUGUUUGUUGGGGGUGGGGGCUAUGGUAGGAGCUGACAUUUUGGCUGGAAGAAACCAGGGAUCUACCAACCAUGUGCUGCUGGGCGAUGGGUUGGUCCUGCUCAGCGCCGUCCUCUACGCCAUAUCCAACAUGUGCCAGGAGCACACGGUGAAGAACUUGAGCAGAAUUGAAUUCUUGGGCAUGAUGGGCCUAUUUGGGACUCUCAUCAGUGGCAUACAGCUUGCUGUGCUGGAAACUGAUGCAGUCAGAAAAAUUAAGUGGAACUUUCGCAUCUCCAUGCUGUUUGUAGUCUACACCUUGUGCAUGUACGCUCUAUACAGCUUCAUGCCUGUAGUGGUGAAGAUGACGAGUGCUACGGCAGUGAACCUCUCUCUGCUCACUGCUGACCUCUUCAGCCUCUUCUGCGGCCUCUUCCUCUUCGAGUACAAGUUUUCAGCCCUGUACAUCAUCUCAUUUGUCAUCAUCACCGUGGGUUUUGUCAUGUUCAAUGCCAUCCCGACGUACUCGGCAUUACCUGAAGAGCCUGCAGAAGCGUCUGAUGACCCCAAUGCUCAGAGCUCCUUGGACCACCUGCUGCUGUCUACAGAUACUGACACUCAGAGAACUGAGACACUCACAGCUGUUGCUGCACUAUGACCCAAAAGGUCAUAGUGAUCAGUGGUUGAAGGCCAGUUUGAGUCUUUCUGCUUUAACAUUAAUACAGAUAUUUACAUUUUUAUGGACUAAGCCAGAGACUUUACUGGUAUUUGGCACUUUUUUGCAUCCAGAAAAAGACUUGAAAGAUUAUCAUUGUAUUGGCACAUUUUUUCAUUAAUGCUACAUAAUGUUUUACAGAAUAUUGCCUGUUACUUCACUUGAAGUUGAUGUCAGCUUUUUUUUUUUUAAAGAUUAUGUUCAUUUUCAUCUCCAUAUUUUUGUUCCUUAGCUUUGUAUGAUUCACAGUUCAGAAUCAUCCUUAUCUAUCUUGUAGUAGGCUUUGGCGCAACCCUUCAGUUCAUCCACUGUCUGAAAUAAACUGUUUUAGCUCCUACCCAUUUAAGCCAACAUUCAGCUAAGUUCAAACAGCAGGUGGGUGGGCCUUCUGUGAUCAGAGUCAGAGUAGUAUACCUCAGAUGACCAUCUCCUCUCACUGACAUUAUACAGAAGCAAGAGUACUAUAAGAAAGUCUGAAACUGAGUGUUGCAUAAUAGGUCCCCUGUAAGCUUUAUUUGUGGGGAUUAUCCCUUUAUUUAAUAAAGACAGGAAAGUGGGAAAUGAGAGGCCGGGUGAUAUGCAGCAGAAAGCAGUGGCUGAAAUCCAGUUGAGCUGCUUGGGGCACACUUGAAGUCAACUUUCACUACUGCUGCUAUUUAUUGUUUGAUCAGUGACUUCUCAAUCCUUUUAUUUAAGUAUAUUACUAUAUUUCAUGAUUUAAAAAUACAUCAGCUCUACAGUUUUACAGUCCACUGAGUUACGUGGUGUGUUUAGUUUAUUCGCAUGCAGACAAAUCACCAGACUGGUUUAAUUUUUUUUUUCUUCUGGUGCUGUUACAGUUUUUCUACUCAUGUCUUUUGUCAAUCUACAAAAUAUACCAUGACUUUCCUUUUUUUUUAAUCUUUUUGUCUUGUAUUGCCAAAUUUAUAGUAUGUUAUCAUGCAG